CACACUUCGUCCAGUACACAACUUCCUAUUUUUGUAAAAUUUUUGUCAUCAUGUUCUUGCAAGUGUUUUUCAACGAUCUAAACAAGUUUAAGCACACGGGCUUUAUUAAUGUGAAACAAAAUUUUACUGUGUCAAAACUAAAAUCUGAGUUAUUUAAAAGUAUCAAAAUUCCAGUUCAACGACAAGUAAUCAUGUUCCUCGGUACGAUCCUAACAGACGACUUCCCUGUAGCCAAAGCCUUCAACCGGAAUAGAGCCGAUUUACAGGCCUUCGACGGCAAAGAGCUGGUUUGUCUUUUGCGUUUUCGCGACAAAAUGGAGUUAAAGGAGACUCUGUCGACCUCAUCUUCAACGAUGUAUCAGAAAAACGAGAAGCCUCAGGACGCUCAGUUCGAGUUCGUCGGUUUGGAAGACGGCUGCUCCUCAGCCUCAAAUUGUGCUUCAAGUAUCAGUAGCUCCGAAAUGUUAACCCCGACCCAGAGUUCGGCCUGUGUUCAAUCCACCGUGAAUGAGCAAGGAUGCGGAGAUCCCUGCCAAAUCAAUUGCUGUGACCAGGGCGGAGAGGGUCGUCCUCCCUACGCCAGGGUCAUGCCAGAGGAUCGGCGGUACGGGGUCGUGAUCACCAACCAGUGCGAUCCGUGCGACUGCAACUUCGACUGCGUCCUGCAGCACCUUAUGGAAUCAUUCCACUCGGCGGUUGAUGUGGCCACUUUGAGCUUUAGCGAGUGUACUCCUGCCGUGUCCUUCGAAUGCUCCCUGCUGAUGGUGUCCAGGGACAGCGACACCAGCGACUGGCUCCUGCGUGCCAUGCGACCUAUGAACCCUCCCUACCUCUGCACCACCUUUAUCAAGCACUUCCAGCUGGUCAGGUGCUCCUUCGUCAUCCCCAUGGUCGUCGAGCGAGAGCUGUGCCGCAUCUUCCACAUCAUGGAGAAGCAGAACUGCGGUCUGGAUCUGAGUAAGUGGUGCGUCGUUCGAAAGACUGCUCUGGACCCCUGCUCCGAGGACUAUGCACGGAAGGUUCUCUUCGACGGGUCCAUUAACUACGAACUGGUAGUUUACAUGGACAACUGCUCGAAGGAUUACAUAGAGAAUCACUGUGGAAAAAUUUUGUACAUAUUUUGGCACCUACCCGUCGACUUUUCCACCGACCUGCCAUGCCAAUGAGGAUUGCAUUAAAAGGAUACUAUGUAGACGUAAUCAGUAUGUUUGUCAUGUCAUGAGCAUGUACAUUUUGAUCCCUAUUUGUGGUUCCAACAUCCGGGAAAAUAUGCAAGAUCCUGGUAUCCUCGCUUCUACGCCAAGUCCAUUAUAGAGGACCCUUUGCCCUUGGCAAACUGGAGACCUUGGCAAAACGAAUUCGAUCACGGCCUACCAAAUCCAUUACUAUAUACAAUCGCGUUCUCACGCAACUUAGAAUUGGUGAUGGUAAAUGUUUAAAAAAAAAUGGCGGCUAUUGGGAUAAACAAUUGGACUGGAUCGAUCGCGCGGUAGAGGAACCCCUGUCAAUAAAUGUUUUGACAAGUUCGAGUACAGAAAAUUUUAAAUAAAAAGUAAAA